AUGAUAUUUGAUCGAUCGGAUCGUGCUCAACAACUACGUUUACGACAAGUAUUUCGUGAUUUAAAAAUACAUCGAAAUGCUAUAGUAGCUGAUGUCGGUGCCGGUAUUGGUUGGCUUACGAUACGUCUAGCUAAAUUCAUCGGUUCGAAAGGCAAAGUAUAUGCAGAAGAUAUUGUGUCUCGAUAUAUUUCUUAUAUCGACAAAGAAAUCAAAACACAUAAAUUGAAUAAUGUUGAAACAAUUCUUGGAUCAACAACUGAUCCAAAAUUACCUAAAAAUACAUUGGAUGCUGUGAUUAUUUUAAAUGCUUAUCAUGAAUUCGAAAAACCGAUUACUAUGUUGACUAAAAUUCGUCUAGCUAUGAAAAUUGGUGCACGACUUGGCAUUUUAGAUCGAGAUAAUGAUCAAAUGCGAAUUGAUGCACGUAAAGCCUAUGCUACAACAGGAUAUAUAUUGCAUCGUAUCAAUGAAACAUUGACUGACAUUUAUUUGACAAGUGAUCAUUAUUUAGCAUUGGAUAUUGUCGUACGAGAAGCAACCUUAAUUGGAUUUACAUUUUUAUUUUCUCGUGAACUUGGUGGUGAUUAUUAUAUUGCUGUUUUUAGUAAUUCGUAA